UAACACACACAUAGCGAUAGAGAGAUAAACAAACAAAAAACCAAAAUAACAAAAACAAACGGUGAGAGGAAGAAAAUACAACAACAACGCAGCAGCACCAGCUGCAUCAAAAGCCCUCUUUGACGAGUGAUAGAAAAGAAAAAAUAACCGAAUCAACAACACUAUCACUCCUCAAAUUCAUUUCAGAUUCGAAUAUAAUUCAAAAAAAAAAAAAAGAGUUAGUUAUUAGUUAGUUAAAUUAGUUUGAAAAUGGCGAUGCGCGAUCUCAUCACCGGUGCUACUUCUUGCCCUGAUCCUUCCGCUUCGUCUUCCUCGCAAAACCCUCUCGCUUCUCUCGCGAAUGUUCUCACCGGUUCUAUCGCCAAGACUCAGGAGGGAUUGAGGGAAAUUCCUACUGCGAAUUCUACUGGUUCGGCGUCGCAAAUUUACUCCGAGCAGCGUAAUCAGCUUCCUGGUUUGGAAUUCGAUAAACCUUUAAUCGAGGCGAAUUCUCAGGGUUCAGAGUUUUAUAAUAAAUUUAGGUCUGCGGGUGCGGGUGGGUUUGAGGAAACGUGGGGUGAGAUUCAACGUGAUGGAAGUCAACUUCCGCUCUAUGAUGGUAGGGGACAGCUUCCACCACAGCUUCAUCAACCUGCAUUGGAUGGGACACCGCAAAGAGUUCUUUCUACCUUUUUGCACUCAUUUCUUGACAGCAGUCGUGGUGGAAUACCUUUCCAUCCCGCCUCUCUUCCAGUAUUGGGUCUAUCUGAAGGUGAUAAACAAUGUAUACGUGACCGUAGCAGCAUAAUGGCCAGACAUCUCUUUGCAGAUAAAAGCGAUGAAUUUAUCCAUGCCCAAGUAAAUGCUCUGCUGUACUCUCUAGAUAUUGACAGCAAUGUCCGUGGCAAGGGACCUAUGCCUGAAAGAUUUAGGGAGCUUGAUGAUUAUUGGAACGAGUCUCAAGGCAACAUGAUACAAGGUGCUCAUGCUUCAGAUGGAUGGAUUUCUGAAUACGGUCAAAAUAGAGAAAGAUAUGAUAAUCCUGAUGCAUGGGCUAACUCAUUUGAGCAACAACAUGGUGUAACUGGUUGGGUCUCUGAAUUUGAACAUUCUCAAUUGUCAUCAGUAGAUCAAAUGCGAGGUAUGAACAUGCAAAAUAUUGCUGCAAUGGAGCAGACUCGUAUGCUUGCAAACACACUGGCCCAGAAUGCUGACCCUAAAUUUCAGAACUCGAAGUUCUUUCAAUUUGUAUCCAAGAUGAGCCGCGGCGAGUUGAUUAUCGAUGACAAUCAAGUUAAAGAAACUGCAUUACCUGCACCUGGAGAUUGGGCAUCAGAAUAUCAGCAACAGUAUAAUCAUGGUGAUGCAUGGGCUGGUGAAUUCGUAAAUAAUAAGGCUUUUUCUGGAGUUAGACCUGAACAGUGGGCAAAUGAGUUUGCAACCGAAAGACAACAAAUUGGAGCAGUUGAUGACCAGUGGGUUGAUGAAUUCUCAAAUUUGCGUGUUAAUGACGACUGGGCAGAGGAAUUUGGUCAGCAGGUUGGUGAAGGAGCCUUUGGGGAAGACUCUUCGAAUAAUUGGGCUCAAGCAUAUGACGAGUUCCUGAAUGAGCAAAAUGCUGCCAAAGAGCGGUCAGAUAGUUCAAGGGGUGUGUAUGUCUUUUCAGAUUUAAAUCCUUAUGUUGGCCAUCCAAAUCCACUAAAAGAAGGCCAAGAUCUCUUCAGAAAGGGGCUUUUAAGUGAAGCAGUUCUUGCACUAGAAGCUGAAGUCUUGAAAAGCCCUGAAAAUGCCGAAGGAUGGAGACUACUCGGAAUAGCGCAUGCAGAAAAUGAUGAUGAUCAACAGGCGAUUGCAGCGAUGAUGCGUGCACAGGAGGCUGAUCCAACAAACUUGGAGGUGCUUCUUGCUCUUGGUGUCAGUCAUACAAAUGAACUGGAGCAAAAUGCCGCAUUGAAGUAUCUAUUUGGAUGGCUACGACAUCACCCAAAAUAUGGAACAAUUGCCCCACCUGAGAUGUCUGAUUCUUUGUACUAUGCUGAUGUUGCCAGAUUAUACAACGAAGCAGCUGUAAUGUCACCUGAUGAUGCUGAUGUUCACAUAGUUCUUGGGGUCCUGUACAACUUGUCCAGAGAAUACGAUAAAGCCAUUGAAGCUUUUGAACGGGCAUUGAAACUUAAACCACAAGAUUACUCUCUCUGGAACAAGCUUGGUGCAACACAAGCUAAUAGUGUUCAAAGUGCUGAUGCAAUAAUGGCUUAUCAACAGGCGCUAGAUUUAAAGCCUAAUUAUGUUCGUGCUUGGGCAAAUAUGGGUAUCAGUUAUGCAAAUCAGGGCAUGUAUGACGAGUCUGUUCGUUAUUAUGUUCGAGCGCUUGCCAUGAAUCCAAAAGCAGAGAACGCAUGGCAAUAUUUGAGAAUUUCAUUGAGUUGCGCUUCCAGGAAUGACAUGUUAGAAGCUUGCGAUAGUCGUAAUUUGGACCUUCUCCAGAAGGAAUUCCCUCUGCAAUAAGUUUUGUGCAAGUGGCCGAAUUACAGAAUAUUCAAAUCCACGUUGUGCAGGUCGUUACUCGAUUUUACUCGAAACAUUUGCAAUUAGUACAUUUUCUACCACUAAAGUUCGUUGUAGAUGUCUGCAAAUUUUCACAGGAGUGGUGAAAGACUGAUCAAGUGAUUAAGCCUGAGGUGUAUACUGAUACAUUCUAUUUAUCCUUUGAACAUAUGGUAUAUACUAGAAAAAAGUUAUUUAUCACAGAACAGCUGCAAUACUUAAGUCAUGGAAUGUGGCUGUUUCAUUAAUAAGUCGAGUUUAUGACAAUGUCCAUGUAGGCAUAUAAAUAAGUGAGAUUUGUUGCA